AAGCGGGGGGCUAGAGAGGCCGCGGCGAGCGGCCGCUCCGGCUCCGCCUUCGUUCUCUAUGGUCGGGAGCCCGAGCCCCGCCUUCUCCCGGAACGAGCGCUCUUUCUUGACGCACGCGCAGGCCCAGGAGUGAGUUCCGUUUCCUGCCUGGUGUGUUGGGUGUUUGACGUUCAGCAGUCGCGGUUGGUGGGCUGCAACUGAGCCAAGAUGUUGCGGAAUUUGCUUGCUCUUCGUCAGAUCGCCCGGAGGACCAUCAGCACCACUUCACGAAGGCAUUUUGAAAACAAAGUUCCAGAGAAACAAAAGCUGUUUCAGGAACAGCUUAUGCCAUCUAUGAGUUAGCUAUGGCUGCAUUUCCCAAGAAGCAGAACUGACUUCAUCCCAGUCUUCAUAUGGUUCAGUUCUAUCCAGUGCUUGAUGGACCAGGCAUCUGAAGAGUAACUGAGCUCUUGGGGAUCAAUAUUUAUUGAUGUGUACCAACUGCCACCAAUAAACAGUCUUUACCAUUCUUUGUCUCCCUUUUCACUUGAGAAUAAACUACUGGUGAUACAGUUGUGGGUCAGCAGUGGGCAAAUCUUAGAUAAUAAAAAAUUUUAAAGUCCUUUCUAAAUUUAUCUAAAGCACUGUCAUUGUGAUAUGAUUUUAGCACAUUUUACUUGUAGCAGCUAAGAAUUAUUCAGUAGAUGGUCUUCAGUGCCAUUCAGCCUUGAAAGGAUAUUGCUUUGCUGUUUAUCCCCUUCCAUAAGGUCGAGGGGUGAAGUUCUGGGCACUGCUCAGUGGAAGUAGGUCCUGUUUGUUCUUAAUCGUCUUUUUAUGCUGAAAUGUUGGAUGUGUUCUGACUUAGAAUUGGAGUUUACUAGGCUACAAGACAGCUGAGUACUUUUUCAACAUUCAGAAUGUUGCUUUUUUUUUAAUUAUUUUAUUCUAAUCCUUAGCAUAAAGCUUAAAAACCUUAGUAAGAGUUAUGGGAGACUAUAAAGAGUCUCACUUUUGUUUUCCCUUCGACAAGGUAUAUACCUUGGUAAUCUCUAGAACUGGAGACUGUCAGAAUUAAGAGAAAUUUAUGAGUAAGGGUUUUAAAAUUAUUUUUAAAUUUUUUAUUUUUUUACUCGUUUUGUAGACCAGGCUGGCCUCGAACUCAUAGCGAUCUACUUUCCUCUGUCGCCCGAGUGCUGGGAUUAAAGGCGUGUGCCACCACACCUGGUGAGUGAGUGAGGGUUUUAUAAGCUUCGAUUUCUAUGCAGUAAUAAAAUAUAUUUGGAAAACUUGAUCCAUCUGAAAUAACCAAAUUAGUCUUUGCUAUAAAAACAUGAAGAUUUGUGGUAUAAAUUUUUCUCAAAGGGUUAUCAUCUACAGAUACUUUAUUCUUAGACUCUGAAGUUUAAAGGGUCAUUAGACUGUGGUGUGUAUCUUUCUGGCUUUAGAAGGAAGCAAGCAUUAGAGGUCUCUGAAAGCUGAGAAAGUUCCACAGGAUUUGGAACCUUGGCAAAGCAAGUGUCCAAUGGUGAAAGUAACCACUAAAAAUACUCUGAAAAGAAUAGUGGCAUUUAAUGAAGGGGGGAUAGAUAGUUUUAUAAGUGAUUUAAAGUGCUUUUAUGACAUGAUGUGAAAUUCACGAAAGAAGGAAAACUAGCUUGGAGUCUUUUAUAAACAUCAUCUUGAUACCCCAUAGAUUUCCUGUCAUAGGCCUAAUCUAGUAAUAGUUAUUCAAGAAAAGGUUUUCUGAGACACUUUCAUUGUAUCACCCAGGCUUCCUUGGAACUGAGGAUUUUUCUGCCUCAACCUCUCAAGUUACUGGAAUCUCAGGUUUAAAACACUUAGCCCAACUCUAUCUAAAAUUUCCAAAGAUGUUUCUGCCAAAAUAUUCUGUGUGGGGCCUGAUAACAUGGCCAGAUUUAAUGUACUUAAACUAUUCAAGGUAAAGCUACUGCUAAACUGGGUUUGCAGAUGUAAUUAGGUAUCCUGCAAUUUUGCAGAGCUGAAAUAAAUGGCAGUAUAAGAUAAUAAUGGCAGUUUUUCUUCACUGAAAAAGUAUACUGCAUCUUCUUAGGUUUUUGAUUAAAUAUAUUGACUGUGCUACAUUGAUAGUGCCAUAAUGUUUACAGCAAUAUUUGCACAUAGGAAAGCCCUACAGUUUUCCUCCCCUGUGCAAGUGAGGCUUCCAGGAAGAUUAUUCAAUUGCACUUUGAUCUCCAGUUUAACAUCUACCUAAUCAUUCGGCCUUUUGUUUCUUCUACCUUCUGUUUGAAAUCUAAUGUCAGGGCUUUUACCACCAAGAGUUCCUGGUUAUUUUCUCACAGGUAUGUGAAAGCUUUCCAUGUGCCAGAACCUUAGCUAUCAGCCCUGGUUCAGCAUGCCUCUAAUGUUCCUGAUUAUCACGUACAUCAAGUUUUCACUCAGAAUUAUAAUUAAGAACAGGACCUGCUAUAGUCUUCCAGCAGUGGAUUGUUAUAGCCAGCUAAGGCUACUAAAAUGGCCUGUGCUAUCUGUAAGUGGGAUGUGGAAAGCACAAGGAAGAUUUUGCUAUAUAUCAAAUAUACAGUCAAUUUCAUGCCUCCUGCAAUUUGCUCUGAGAACAAGAUCCUUUAGUUUUUCCUCAUGUCCAUUGUUCAUGUCAACUAGGUCAGGAGUGCUGCUAGCACAAGGUAGCAUAGUUUCAUAUUACUAUGUGCUUUUUAUCUUUCAGCUCUGCUCUCCUUGUCAGAUGGCUACUUCAGCCCAGAUUCUUUGAAAUGUGCAUGAAGGAAGACGAAAGACUAUAUACUAGAGACUCUUCCUCCCAGUUAGCUGCAAAACUGGAGCUUUCAUUGCUUUUGUAGUAACUCACACAAACUGAAAUGAUGGUGUUAGGCCUAUUGCCCAGAGCAAAGUUGAGGUUUGGCUUACUAAGAGCAGAAGACUUAAAUUGGGCACUUGCAGUCUUGCAGAAUCAGUUUCCUUUGUUUUGACACAGCUUCUUAGAGGAUACAGAAUACAAAUGAAUCUAGCAAAAUGAGUUAGAAGACUUAGACUGCUAUGUGUAGGUUGAGUAUUCAUGAAUCUUUCCUGCUCUCUGAGUGAGAGCUAUAAGCAAAGGUGGUAGUUUUGCAGGCAUGCAGCUAAGUCAUCCCUGUUUCUGGGCUGUGAUAUACAUCCAUGUGAAGAGUACUAUCUGUGAACCUCUAUCCAGAGCUUGUGUGUAUAUGUGAAAACUGAUCAUGCAAGGACAAUCACUUUCCUGGCUUUUAGAAAGCUUACAGUUCAUCAAGUGGUGUCAGGGAAGGCCUUAGAAAAGAAAAGUGUAUAGAAUUGUUAGAAGUUCUAUGAGGGGAAAAGCUCAUAGGGGAGAGAACUGAUGUGGGAUUAAUUAAGGAUUGUAGAAACAGUCAAUCAGGAGAAAGGCAUUUUAGGAAAAAGGAACCACCCAGAGCAAAUGCCCUAAGGUUUCUGACCCCAUUCUAAGACAAGGGAGCUGAAUAGUUUCUGCUGUUGGUGACCGAAAGAAGUAAGAUGCCUAUCAAGGAGAGCAGUGCAGUCUAUUACAGGGCUCUGCUUUAGGUAAGAUGAGCCUCUAUGGCUGUUGAAAUAGACCAGAAGGCUCAAUGAUAGAACAGCUCGUUAAGGUGCUUACUGCAGCAAACUGCAAAAGCAGACAGUUGGAUGGAAGCAGGCAGGUGCUUCCCAUGGAGUAAAAAAUAGCCAGAUAGGAACAGAGGAAGCAGGUCUUCAUCAACAACCUGGAACUUAACCUUUUCCAUUCGUCAUCCCUGCCUCCCCAUUACUGAACAUCUACCUUGGGAAAGGUACUCUUCUAGGCUCAGAAAUGGAUGACUAAGCUUUAUGGACUUUAUUGUGGAGCUAGACAAGCCAAUUCAUAAACAGUCAUUUCCUCAUGUGUGAACUGGAGGUCCAUAGGGUGACCUUUUAGAAGUAAUGAGGUAGAACGUAGAAAAGGCCUCUCAAGCAGUGACAUUCAAAUGGAAAUGACAGUGGAAAGGAUAGCUAAAAGAAAAGCAUCCAUGGAAAUGGAGAUUGCUUUUCAUGGCUGCAUUGCAGAGACAGGUGGUGUUGGAACACAGGAGAUGGAGAAAGCAGAAAUUAUCUUUAACCCAGUGACGUAUCAGGAAAUGGCCGUGCCCUGCAUGCUGUUGUACAAGGAUCUUUUCUGGUUUUCUAAUAUUAGUGUUGGUGCAACUGAACAAACGAUGGUGGCUACUCUAACCCGUACAAGCUGUUACUACGAUUAGCAAGAGAUGGAAGCUGAGAGAGGGACCAAGCACUACAAGUAUGUUAGAACUAGACUCAUGCUUAGAUCUGUUCACUAUGUGUAACGUUCUGUUACCAUGUGCCCAGCUGAGGAGUCAAAGAAUAACAGGGCUUAGGAGAACUUUGCCACUUAGUUUCUCCCGAGAGUCUUUGAGUGUGGCUAUAUCACUGGGUACAUUUGACGUUUACAAUUUAAUAUUGUCUCAGACUUCUGUAGCUCUGAAUGGCCAUGAAUCUGCUUUGAUGGCCAGGUUUAAAGCAACUCCUUAUUAAAAAAGAUUUCAUUUUUAAGUCCGUGUGUGUGUGUGUUCUCCAGUGCACGCGUAAGUGCAGAUGCCUGCUAAGGUCAGAGGCAUGGACCUCCCUGUAGCUGAUGUUAUCAGGUGAUUGAACUAUGCAUUAUGAGUUCUGGGAAUCAAGCAGAUCCUCCUCAAGAGUGGUAUGUGCUCUUAACUACUCAGAAAUCUUUCCAGUCCUUCAAUUCCUUAUCUAAAAAAAAAAAAAAAAGAAAAAAGAAAAAGAAAACAUUUCUACAAAAUCUUAAAGAAUUCAGUUAGUGAAGAAAACCAGUCAAAACCCAAGAUAUUUUCUAAUUCCUGGUAGAUUAGAAAUCCUAAAUAUUUACGAUUAGAUUGUUUGGAAGGUAGAAAACUGCCUACUAAAAUGGUAAUUUAAAGCCGUAUUUAAAGUUAUUCUUAGGUUUGUGUCUGUGUGAAUGUCUGUGUGGUAUGUGCACUUGGGCAGCUGCUCUUUGAGGCCACAGACAACGAGCCCUUGGAGCUCCAGUUAUAGACAGCAGAACUGCCAUGAGUGCUGGGAGUUGACCUCUGAGCAUCUCUUUGUGGCCAUUUCAAAGCAUAGGUGAAACCUGCUAUAGGAAGGGGACUCAGACUUGCACACUUGUAUAUGCAUGUAAAACUGAGUUUGCGUAUUGACUCCUAAUUACAAGUAUACCAUUAAUACAAUGCAGUACAAGAAGUGACUGGACCUACGAGCUGGGGAGCAAACCUUUUACGAACAAGCCUUAUUGGGGGAAUAUCAGUAGGGGACUGUUCUUUGGUCUAUAGGAUGUGUCAGGUCUUGAUCAACUUCUUGUAGGAGGUACAAUUUCCCUUUGGUGAGUUGUUGAAAAUAUUCUGAUGAUUAAAGGCUGGUGGCCUUCUUUUACCCAUGGUCUGUCUGCUUCCAGAGAAGCUUCAUUAACAUAAUUAAGACCAUCUAUGGCCAGAGCAGUACUGCAUACCUUUAAUCCUAGCACUUGGGAGGCAGCUCUCUGUGUUCCAGGCAAGCCUGAUCUAUGUAGUUCCAUGACAGAGCUAAAAAGUGAGACCUUGUCCCAGAAAACAACGAACAAGCAAAAAGCCAGUCUGAUAACUAACAUGCUCUUCCUAUAACAUCUUUUCCCAACAGUAUCUGUUUGGGAGAGUCAGGUUGUGGUGGGUCAUCUGGACUGUUCUAUAGUAGAGAGACCUCUUUUAUAGUUGCUGGUUACAUCUGUGUGGCCAUCAAAAUGUGUUUUCAGGGUUAGCUUUUAUGUUACUUAGGGCAUGCUAAGAAGAAAUAGAAAAUCCCUGUCAGAUAUUAGUGUAUUUUUAUUGCCUCUGUCUGUAUUUGUUAAGUCUGGACAGAAACUAACAAAAUUCUUAUAAGAUUGAAAGAAAGGGAAGUAAAGGCUCACAUCACAAGAAGUAAUUAUGAAUAUUUGUUUCUCAAUUCUUAAAAGAUUCCUUUGUUUCUUUCUCAAAACUUGAGCUGUGUUGACUAAUAGUCAAUUUGUGAUAAUUCAUUCCCAAAUCAAGCCUUUUAAAUUGUAGAAGUUGUUGUUGUUACAUAUGAUUAAAAAAAGAGGAAAAUAAUUGGACUUCUCCAGAACUUCCUGGACAGAACACCAACAGCAUAGGCUCUAAGAUCAACAAUCAAUUAAUAAACUGAAAAGUUUCUGUAAAGCAAAGGACACUGUCACCAGAACAAAACAACAGCCUACAGACUGGGAAAGAAUUUUCACCAACCCUAUAUCUGACAGAGGGCUAAUAUCCAGAAUAUAUAAAGAUCUCAAGAACUUAAAUGGCAACAAGUCAAGUAAUACAAUUUAAAAAUGGGGUACAGAGCUAAACAGAGAAUUCUCAAUAGAGGAAUAUCAAAUGGCAGAGAAACACUUAAAGAAAUGCUCAACAUCCUUACUCAACAGGAAAAUGCAAAUCAAAAUGACCCUGAGAUUUCACCUUACACUCAUCAGAAUGGCUAAGAUAAAAAACUCAAGUGACAACACAUGCUGGAGAGGAUGUGGAGAAAGAGGAACCCUACUUCAUUGCUGGUGGGAAUGUCAACUUGUACAACCACUUUGGAAAUCAAUCUGGUGCUUUCUCAGACAAUUAGGAAUAGUACUACCUCAAGAUCCAGCUAUACCACUUCUAGACAUAUAUUGAAAAGAUGCUCAAGUAUACAACAAGGACAUUUGCUCAACCAUGUUCAUAGCAGCUUUAUUUGUAAUAGGUAGAAGCUGGAAACAACCCAGAUGUCCCUUAGUUGAGGAAUGGAUGCAGAAAUUGUGGUACAUUUACACAAUGGAAUGCUACUGAGCAAUUAAAAACAAAGAAAUCAUGAAAUUUGCAGGUGGGAACUAGAAAAGAUCAUCCUGAGUGAGGUGUCCCAGAAGCAGAAAGACAUACAAGAGAUAUACUCACUUAUAAGUGGAUAUUAGACAUAUAAGAUAAUCAUACAAAAAUCUGUACAUCUAAGGAAGCUAAUCAAGAAGGAGGACCCUAGGUAAGAUGAUCAAUCCUCACUCAGAAAGGCAAAUGAGAUGGACAUCAGAAGUGGGAGAAAACAAGGAACAGGACAGGAGCUUAUCAGAGAGGGCCUCUGAAAGACUACCCAGUAGGGUAUCAAAACAUAUCCUAAGAUUCAUAGCCAAAAUUUGGGCAGAGUGCAGGGAAUCUUAUGAAUGAAGGGUGAGCUAGAGAGUCCUGGAGGGAACAGGAGCUCCACAAGGAGAGCAACAGAACCAAAAAAUCUGGUCACAGGGGUCUUUUUCUGAGACUGAUAAUCCAAACAAGGACCAUGCAUGGAGAUAGCCUAGAACCCCUGCACAGAUGCAGCCCAUGGCAGCUCAGUGUCCAAGAGGGUUCUCCAAUAAUAGGAACAGGGAUGGUCUCUGACAUGAACUCAUGGGCUGGCUCUUUGAUCACCUCCACCUGAGGGGGGGGAGCAGCCUUACCAGUCCACAGAGGAAGACAAAGAAGCCAGUCCUGAGGAGACCUGAUAGAUUACGAUAAGAUGGAUGGGGAGGAGGACGUCCCCUACCAUCGGACUGGGGGAGGGGCAUAGGAGAAGAAGAGGGAGGGAGGAUGGGAUUGGGAGGGGAUGGGGGAAGAGGUUACAGCUGGGAUACAAAGUGAAUAAACUGUAAUUAAUAAUAAUAAUAAUAACACUUGCACAGCCUUGUAUUAGAGCUAUUCACAAUAGCCCUAUUAGGAAACUAGCCUAGAUGGAGAAAGAAACAUAGUGUAUACAUAUACAGUAAAAAAGAACAAUUUUGUGUCAUUUGCAAGAAGUUGUGUUAUUUGCAAGAAAAUGGAUGGAACUGGAGAUAAUCAUGUUAAGCUAAAUAAGCCAGAUUUAGAAAUAAAUAUGUCUGUCGUAGAAUCUGGUAUUUUAAAAAGACAUGAAAGCACCUGAGAGGAGAAAAGGAAACUGGGAAUAAGGGGGCAAAUCAAAGGAUGUUGGGAGUUGAAAAUCACACGAAGGCUUGAUAGUAAAAGUAACAUUGGAGUCUGAUGUUUGCAAACUGGAUGCUUUGUUAGCAGACAUAAAAACCACAGAAAUGAUUCAGGUGUGGGGGUGCAUGCCUGUAAAACCAGAACUCAGAGGCAGAGCCAGGAUGACCCUUAGUUCAAGGCCAGCGUAGUCUACACAGUGUAUUCUGGGCUACAGAGCAAAACGUUUUCUCAAAAAGUGACCCAUCAAGGAUAUCCAAGCCCAGACCAACAACAAUGAAACAAUUUUGUUGCUCACCUCUGCCAUAGCUCUUCAGUGACCAAAUGCUUUAGUCUUAGCAAAGUCAACCUGUCUUUGGGAUCUGUAAAUGCAGGCCUUGACUUCUUGUUAGUGAUGAAGCUCUCGAUGGCUUCUGUUUUAUCCAAAAAUCUCUUAUCCAGUGUGGCCACCUGCAUCACUUAUCUUAGCUCAAGUGUCCAGACAGCUUGCUUCAGAUAACACAGGAGUGUUUGCAUCCUCACCUUGCACACUUACAUUGUGGAGGUCUUUCUUUUUCUUACACCUCAGAGUCAAGCCACUGCUUUCCCAUCCCCAUCCCUCACGGGACCUUCCGAUGUCUGACCAUCACGUUGGAGAUGUUGUGAUACGGCAGAGCAUCUGGCCACUGAAGCUUUAUAUCAGCUAUAUAAGACUAUUUCUCUGCCAUUCAUAUGCUCACUGGAGUAGUACUUUGAGUUUCCUUCGAGAAGUUUUCCUUUGUUUUCACAGUAUGGCCAAAUUUUUGGUUGAGAAGCCUGGAUGUUGGCCUGUCUAGAGUUUUGACACACCUUGCUCACUAAGCCAAACCCUUUCUAGCUCUUAAUUUAACAUGAGAGACUUGUGACUAUUUUUCUCACUGCAUACUUAUGAGAGCAUGGUAGAGUUACUAACUGGUAUCAUCUCAAUAUUUCUGCAUUACAGAAAAUAGUGAAGCCCGAGGAGAGUGAGAAAGAUGGUACAAUGGCCUUUUAGUGGUACCGUUAGAAUUUAUACAUUUAUUGGUUAAGCUCUCUCUUUCAUAUGUCAUCCAUUUUGUGUUCUAUUAGUCAUUCCCUCCUCAAGUCUCUAUAGUAGCAUAAAAGAGCAUUAGUUCUAGAUCAGUGCCUCAGGCUUAAGAGUAAUAGGUUUGAAAUACUCUGAGAAUUACCAAAGUAAGGGGGCACAGAUACUUCACACAAGCACAGUGCUGAUAGACUUUCUUGGUUCCGGGUUGCUUUUCUUUGUGUUUGUGUAAAAAAAAUAGUCUCUAAAAACUGUAUUGAAGCAAGGAGAGCCUGGAGUAACACAUUAUAAUUGUUUUAGAAUGCAUGCAUAGAGUUAGAAGACACAAAGGGGAAGAGAAGACUGCUAGCAUUCCACUUUCUGUGAGCACAGAAAUGCUUCAGACUGUGCUGCUCCUCACCUCCAAUCAUUAUCUACAGUUGGCCUUUCAGCUUCGCAGAUGGGUUCAAUGACAACUCAUUCUUUCUAGCUUUAUACCAGUCAAGCCCAGGCUGGUAGCAGAAUACCACCCACUGAGCGGUGUCAGUGACAGGAAUUAUUCUUCACAAUUCCAGAGGCGAGACAGUCUCUUAUCAAGGUAGCAGCCCUUUUAGGUCCUUGUGAGAGCUCUGUCUCUGACUUGCAGACGCAGACUUAUUGACGUAGCCCCACAGAACCUUUGCUCCUGGUGUGUAGGGGGUGUCCCUUCCUUCUAUGGACCAAUACUGGACUGAGCAUAAUCCCUUAUGACCUCAUUUAACUAUUGUCUCCUUGGUUCUGAUCUCUAGUUAUGGGACUUAGGGGUUAGGGCUUCCAUGAGGUAAUUUUGGUUGGAUACAAACGAAAGGAUUGUUUCCGCUUCCAAUUUAAAAGUACAAGAAAUGAGCUUACAACCUAUCAAAUAAAGAAAACCACCACUAUUCCAAUGGUUUCAGGAUUUCUUUUAAACCCCCCCUCCCCCAAAGCCUUCAUGUGCCACAGCAGAAAGAGAGCCACUGGCACUGGCUUGGGCUUUUGAAACUUCAAAGCCCACCCUCACUGACACACUUCCUCCAACAAGGCCACACCUCCUAAUCCUUUCAAAUAGUGCUACUCCCUAAGCAAAUAUAAGAGCCUGAGAAGCCAUUCUUAUUCAAACCACCAAGGACAGUUUGUCCUAUCAUAGGGUUUUUCUAAAUGUCUGCCCCAAAGGAAUAGCUUAGUGCUAUUUCUGCAAAACAGAAAGUAAGUACUGAUGACAAGAUUUUUGAUAUCUGAUACCUGCAUGUGUAGUUCAAAGUUCUCCGAACUGUGUUGCAAAUUCCUGUCAGCCUCCACGAGGAGGUUCCUUCCUAAAGUAGCCUGAAGAGAGGAAUCCCUUGGUAACUGAAGUUUGACCUGCUUCUUUUGAUUUCCAUUCCCCAGUGCACUCUCACGUGAAAUGCUGGGAUUCCAGAUGGCAUGAUACAAUAAUGCUAAAAAACAAUUUCAGUUAAAAUGGCUCAGCUGGAGGCCGGUGCUCACAAAUCAGUUCAAGUCAGUAGCAGUUUGUUGAUGCAGUGAGAAUUCUUAGUGGUUUUGUUUUGUUUUUAAAAUUGUGAGGGAGUGCAGAAGAGUCAUGUUACCACAAGAGGGCAGUAUUGGACACAGAAAAAGAAGGAUAGCAUUUCUCUUGUAUCAGCAUAACUAGUGGGGAAGCCUGCCUCUUUGAACUCCUACACCACUGCUAAAGUACAGAUCUGUAAUGAGCAUGCUGUGCAUGCUUUAAUUAUUCAUUGAAAGAAUGAAGAGUUUAUGAGCAUCUUUUGAGUGCAAUCUGACUUAAUGGUUGAGAAAACUUUUGUAGGAAUUUGAUCUUAAUUUUUUCUUUAUUGUUAAUUUACGUGUAAAACUGUAUUUGUUAUGUGCAUACAUUAAAAAAAACAGUUAAAUGUCCUUUAAUAUUUGUUCUUUUUUUAAUCUUUAACUAUGUGUGCAUUUGAGUGCAGGUACCUUCAGAGCCCAGCAAAGAGUGGUUCAGGUUACCAGGAGCUGCAGCCACAGGUGUUUGUGAGCUGCCGGAUGUGGGUGCUGGGAGCGGAACUUAGAUCCUCUGCAGUGAGAGUAUGGGCUCUUAACUGAUGAGCCAUGUCUCCAGCCCCACAACAGGACAUUUUGGUGUAUUCAUACAUUGUGGAGUUAUUUAUAUUUAACGUGUGCUUUAAUUUGUGUGGAGAGCUGAGACUCAGACGCCACCAGAUGGCGCUGACAUUCCACCCUCAAAACUGUAAACAGCCUCCAGUACGCAUGCGCGAAUUGCGUAAGCACGCUAAACAUGCUGGGCCCAAGUCAUCAGGCGAGGUAAAGAGUGAACAGCCAAUCAGGGUAUUGACACGUCACUUAGGUGCGACCCGGGCUUAUAUAAACAGUGCCACAUCGGGGCUCCUCCCCUCCUCCUCCCCCUCUCCCUCUCCCUGCCCGGGGCUUGCCCGCUCCGGCCGCGGCCCGCGGGACGCCGCAGCAUCUCUCGGCCAAUGCCCGCGGCCCUCUCCUCUCCUCUUUUCAUCGUGUGACUGUAAUAAAGAUUUGUUGCGGGAGGAUCCUUGUGUCCGCGUGCGUUUCUGCUGGCGAGACGAUCACGCGGCUCCCAGCAUCUGGUGCCGAAACCGGGAACACCACCGGUACCGAUGAGAGUGCCCGUUCGCCGGGAGGGAUUCAGAACCGCAAUGUUGAGGUUUGUCCUGAGAGACAUGUUCAAUCUCGAUUUAUCUCGUUUCUCAUUUCAGCUAGCAGAAGCCCUUAUGGCCUUCCCUGCUGUGAUAGCUGCCAUAGUUCUUUUUCUUUUGGUUUCGUGCAAACUUGAGGGCUGCCUUGGAAGGAAAGGGAUUAGCAAAAGGCUAAGGGUAGGGGAGAUGCGAGACAACAUGCCAGAAAUAGGACGUGAAAAGAUUAGGGGCUCCAAUGGAUAGAAAUAGAGACGUCUCUAAGAAGAAAGGCCCUUCUGUGGAUGUUAAAGCCACGGAAGUGAGAGAUAAGGGAAAGAACGCCUUGGGAAUAAAAGGUAAAAGGAAAAGAAAAAACCCAAUAAAAAAGUCUCUUUAUCCAAUAAGAUUAAAAUUCCCGCUAAAUGCCUGGACGCAGCCAUCUUGGCUUUCAUCAGAGGCUUCCACGUGGCCGGUAACUGGGCGCAGCCAUCUUGGCUUUGGGAAAAAAUGGGCGGGACCUUGGGUAUAUCAUUGGUUUCCAUGUGGCCGGCGCCAUCUUUGAUUCAGGCAAGGAAGCCCGCCCCACGUGGCCGGCGCCAUCUUUAAUUCGGGCAAAGAGGCCCUGCCUCCCGUGUGCUCUUCACAUAAUUCAUUUAAAGAACUGGUGAUUGUUCAUUACAAAAUGUUUUUUAUGCUCUUUUAAAAAAAAUUCUAGCUAAUAGGUUUGGUAUGGCUAAAAUAAUUCUUACAGUUUAAAAUUGUUCUGUUAAGCAGUUAAUUUUAAAGCUUGUUUAAUCACUAAAAACUUUUGGUUGUGAGAAAUUAUAGAUGUUCCACAGUGUUUACUAUAUCAGCAACACCUAGUGGCUGUACUUGAUGUUGUCAGUCGCAGCUUGCUAAUGCUAGCACAUGGCCUGCCGCCAUGAUGGUUCAGCAAUAAAAAGCACGUGAAGCUGUAGUUUGGCUGCCAUGUUUGUUUAGGGUUUCCAGCUGAGUUCAGUUGCAUGUGGCCAGCCGCCAUACUGGUCCGGAGAUAAAGAGGGUAAAGCUAUAAGUUUGCCACCAUGUUGUUCAGGUACUGUUCAAUUUUAAUGUCGUAUCCUUUGUUGCAAAAAACCCUGCAACAAUGGGGAUUGCAUAUUGCCACUGAAAAGGUCCAAAUUUCAGAAGUAGGUUCCUUUCUAGGGACUGUUAUUUAUCUGGAACAAAUAGUUCCUCAAAAAAUAGAAAUUCACAGGGAUCAUUUACAUACCUUAAAUGAUUUUCAAAAAUUAUUAGGUGAUAUAAAUUGGCUAGGCCGUUUUUAAAGAUUCCUUCUGCUGAAUUAAAACCCCUAUUUGAUAUUUUGAAAGGGGAUGCUCAUAUUUCUUCACCCAGAGCCUUAACACCGGCUGCAAGCCACGCCCUGCGAGUGGUAGAAAACGCUUUACAGGAUGCCCAAUUAAAACAUGUAGAUGAAACUAAGACCUUUGACCUGUGUGUCAUUAAAACUAAACAUUUACCAACUGCUGUAUUAUGGCAAGAUGGACCCUUAGUGUGGGUUCAUCCCAAUGCUUCUCCUACAAAAAUUAUUGAAUGGUAUCCGGAUGCAGUCGCUCAACUCGCACUUCGUGGGUUAAAAACAGCCAUUACAUACUUUGGGAAGGAGCCAAAGUCUUUAAUAGUGCCUUAUACGGCUCACCAAGUUCAGGUAUUAACUGCUACCUCUGAUACUUGGGCGGUGCUAGUUACCUCCUUUAGUGGUUUAAUUGAUAAUCAUUACCCAAGACAUCCUAUUUUGCAAUUUGCUUUAACUCAGGAGGUAGUCUUCCCACAUGUAACGUCCCAAAAACCACUUCGGGAUGGACUGGUAGUUUAUACAGAUGGGUCAAAAACAGAAAUAGGAGCUUAUGUGGUUAAUAAUAAAGUUGUUUCUAAGCGAUAUCAUGAGACCUCGCCUCAAAUUGUGGAAUGUUUAGUAGUGCUAGAAGUUUUAAAAAAAAUUUCCAGGUCCUUUAAAUAUUGUUUCUGAUUCUAGUUAUGUGGUAAAUGCAACCAAAAUCUUAGAGGCUGCUGGAUUAAUUAAAGCGUCUAGAAAGAUUGCAAAAAUUUUUCAAAGGAUUCAGUUUGCCUUAAUUACCAGAAGAUCCCUUGUUUUCAUUACACAUAUUAGGGCUCAUUCCGGUCUACCGGGGCCCAUGUCCCAUGGAAACGACCUGGCAGAUCGAGCCACAAAGAUGAUUGCAUUUGCCCUCCUUUCAAAUUUAGAAUUGGCUAAGGAAUUUCAUAAAAGGUUUCAUGUUACAGCUGAGACAUUGCGUCAUCGAUUUGACAUAACUAAAAAAGAAGCUAGAGAUAUUGUUACCCAAUGUCAAAAUUGUUGUCAGUUCUUACCUAUGCCUCAUGUUGGGAUUAAUCCCAGAGAAAUCUGUCCACUACAAGUGUGGCAGAUGGAUGUUACCCACAUUUCAUCUUUUGGUAAACUUCAAUAUUUGCAUGUUUCUGUUGAUACUUGCUCUGGAGUUAUGUUUGCUUCUCCCCUGACUGGAGAAAAGGCAGCCCAUGUUAUUCAACAUUGCCUGGAGGCAUGGAGUGCCUGGGGAAAGCUCAAAGUUCUAAAAACUGACAAUGGGCCAGCCUAUACUUCUCAAAAAUUUAGACAGUUUUGUCAUCAGAUGGAAAUAACUCAUCUAACCGGUCUCCCAUAUAACCCUCAAAGUCAGGGUAUUAUUGAACGUGCUCACCGCACCCUAAAAUCCUACUUAAUAAAACAAAAGGGAGGCGUCCAGGAGGCUCUGCCCUCAGUGCCACGAGUGACCGUUUCCUUGGCACUCUUCACUCUCAAUUUUUUAAAUUUGGACAGUCAAGGCCAUUCGGCGGCUGAUCGCCACUGCUUAGGGCCUAAUAGGCCCAAGGAAAUGAUCAAAUGGAAGGAUGUCUUAACUGGUCAGUGGAAAGGCCCGGAUCCUAUCUUAAUAAGAUCCAGGGGAGCUGUCUGUGUUUUCCCACAGGAAGAAAACAAUCCAUUCUGGGUACCGGAGCGCCUCACACGGAAGCUCGUGACAGCUGAAGAUGAUCUUUCAACAGAUACACCUGCUACUGCUUAAAGAGUUAAGGGAGGUGACGAUGACCACUAAUUCUACUCGAGUGGAUUCAUUGCCCACGGAUGGCUUUACCCUGGGUUUCUUCUGCCUUUUCUUACUUUAAGAUUGGGUGGGGGUUGGAAUGUUUGGUGCAGUGCUAUGUCGUGGCUUAGUGUUUUUACUCUGGUUGUUCUGCAAACUCAAUACCCAAAACAAACGUGACUAUGUUGUAAUCGUGCAAGUACUAACAGCCUUGGAACAAGGAUCAUCUCCCAAAAAUUUGGUUAUCCAUGUUAAAAAAUUAAAACAGACUGUGACACUCAGUCGAUGCACCUCAGGGGUUUUACCCAUUGCACUGAGUCGAUGAGUGAUCCAAGUCUCAAUGUUUGCCUUUGCCUAAGCGGCUACGGUACCUAAAUAGGAGAAUGACAGCCCUUGCACUCCCUGGAAUUUUAUUCCAUUGCAUGGGAAUGGGUGUCACCUCCUUUUUUAAUCUUCUCCCUUAGCCCCGGCACCCAGAGGACUUGUCUCCAUUGCACCUGGUGGGGUAAGGGAGUAAUCUAAAGCUCUUGAUCGCUUACUCCCCAAAGAAGGAGUUCGCUUGAUCGAGCUUAGGGCCCUCUUGUACCGUGCUUAUAUAGGCUUUAAGGCAGUUUUCAUUUAUUAAAACAAAAGGGGGAUGUGGAGAGCUGAGACUCAGACGCCACCAGAUGGCGCUGACAUUCCACCCUCAAAACUGUAAACAGCCUCUAGUACGCAUGCGCGAAUUGUGUAAGCACGCUAAGCACGCUGGGCCUGAGUCAUCAGGCGGGGUAAAGAGUGAACAGCCAAUCAGGGUAUUGACACGUCACUUAGGUGCGACCCGGGCUUAUAUAAACAGCGCCACAUUGGGGCUCUCCCUCUCCUCUCCUCCUCCCCCUCUCCCCGCCCGGGGCUUGCCCGCCCCGGCCGCGGCCUGCGGGACGCCGCGGCGUCUCUCGGCCAAUGCCCGCGGCCCUCUCCUCUCCUCUUUUCAUCGCGUGACUGUAAUAAAGAUUUGUUG